AUGCCAUAUAAGUUGCUAGCUCUUCACCUCUCCGUGAGUGGGCAAAUCAUUAAGAGUUCUUUAAUUUUUACCAAAACCUGAUCUUCUUUGAGUGAGAAAAAAAAAAAUUAUUAUAAAAUUCUUAUAAUGAAAUAUAUGUAGCUAAUUUUAUUAAAUGCCAAAUAGUUGCAUAAAUCUUGUAAAUUAAAUUCAUAUAAUAUCCAAUUGGAUUUUUUGAAAAAAAUUAUAUAUAAAAUUUUUAAAAAUAAAAUUAACCUACCCUCUUCUUGCUUGGAAAGGAGUAAAUAAUUUUUAUAUUAAAUUACAAUAUAAUCAUAUGAGCAUAAGCAAGGAUGAUAAUCUUGAACAAAGAGAGCCAAAUACAAAUAAAACAUUUGACUUUCCAUCACUUCCUCCAGAAUUGUUCAAUAAGUAUUUAUGAGAACUUUGGCCUGGAAACAAUCGAUUUCUCUUUAACUCCCCCCCCCCUCCGUGAGCGAACAAAACCAUUAGAAAAAUCGCCAUUUUUUGACCAAAAACCCACCCUCCGUGAGUGAACAAAAAUAUUUUUAAUAGAAAAAAUUUUAAUAGAAAAAAAUUUUGCUAUAUAAGUGAUAAUUAGUAUAAUGAAAUCUAGAGCUAAUUCUGUUUAAUUUUAAACAAAUUGCGUUUUAAAACAUAAAUUUUGCAAAUUAAAUUAGUAUUUGCUUCCCAAUUUUUGCAAAUUAGGAUUUUUUUUAAAUUUCGAAAAAAAUAUUUUUUAUAAAAUUUAUAUAUAAAUUGUUUUUAAAAAAAAAAAUUAACCCCCCUCCGUGAGUGAACAAAAUUUUUUUGUUCGCUCACGGAGGGGGGGGGGGGAGUAAGGGAAAAUUUAUGCUCGGACCUCACUGUGAUAAUCUCCACUUUUACUGCACAAUAGCUGUCCUGAUUGUAAUCCCAUCAGGUUUUUUUCUAUUAAUCGCAAAUUAUCUCUGAGAAAAUGUUAGCAUUGUAAUACCAAUUCUUUCAGGCUACACAUAUGUUGCCUGCAUAUGCUUUUAUUUCCUCACAGUAUUUACAGAGCCAGGCAUAAUCCCACGGCGAAAUGUUUUCGAGGCUCUUGGAGGAGUUCCAAAGGAAUUUACAGCAGAUGUGAUUUUUACCGAAGAUGGGCCUUUGUAUAAAUUCUGCCAAACAUGCGAAAUUUAUAGACCCCCUAGAUCUCAUCACUGUACGAAGUGCAAUAACUGUGUAGAACUGUUUGAUCACCAUUGUCCCUAUCUGAACAAUUGUAUAGGUGCUAGAAACUAUUUUUAUUUUUUUGUUUUUGUAACUCACUUAAUGAUGCUGGGGCUCAUUGAUAUUUCAGGGUUCUUGGCUUUUCUCUUUUAUAAGCCAGGCGACUACGACGACACAAGUAAAAUUCUAUAUAGUUAUAAACCAAACAGAAGUCGUUCUUAUAAUUACUGUAAUUUUAAGUUUGGCGUUGUCUAUACUGACAAUAUUAAUUGGCAUUUUAUGCAUUUUUCAUUUUUCCUUGUGCUUGACAGGAGAAACAACAAAAGAAAGAAUUAGAGGAAAUAAAGGGUCAAAAAAAUGUAUGUUUUGAAGGAAUAAAAAAAGCAGAUUCAAUCUAAGAGCACUUCUCAGUUCUGAGCAGGCUAAACAUUUGAGCCCAAAUUCAAUAGAAAUUGAAAUGAGUAAGAGUGACAGCAGCAGAGAAUAA